CAUGGCAUGGCUUCUUAAUCUAAUCAAAUAUCUAUAAUAUUAAUUGGGCUAGCUUGCUAGCUAGCAACAAAAAAAGAAGAAGAAGAAGGAGGAGGAGGAGAAUCGAUGACGAUGAUGAAGAAAUUGUGGUUUGGUUCAGAACAGAGCAACAAGCACAAAGUUAAGUUGAGUCAAUUAAAACUUCAAUUUGGACUUUUUGGUGCCAACGUGGCAACUUCAAACGACAAAUUAGCCAUUGAGAUGAUUACAAGGAUUAAAAAACACAAUGGAAAAUCUUGUCCUCCUCCUUCUUGUUCACUUGUUCCUUUUCAUCGUACCUUAAAACGACCCUCCACUCACACCACCUCUUGUCGUACAUUCCUCACUCUUGGAAAACCUCCUUCUCUCGUUUGGAACGAUCGUGACUUAUGUGCCUUCAACCUUCUACUCAAAGAUACCUGCGACUUGGCAUUUCGUGUCUUAUAUGGAGAGGGUGAUGAUGUAGAAGAAUCAAAAGGUAAAAUGAUGAUGGUUGUUGGAAAAGUUUCUAUGAAGCUUGCCAUGACAGAGAUGAUGAGCGAAUCUAAUAUUCAUAGAAAUCUUCCAAUCCUGUUGAAGGUCAAUGGAUUCAUCAUCGAAGCUACCCUUUCGGUUUCUGUAAGGCUAUUAAAGCAGGGUGAGUCACCAAUAGCCAUUGAAAAGAUGAGAAAGAAACAUGGAAUUAUAGGACAAGUGAAGUAUUUGACAAAGAAAAAUAAUGGAAAGUUUGAUGAAGAAAAGCAUCCUUAUGAAUCAGAUAGCUCCCCCGUGUUUGAUUCAGAUGACUCUUCAAACGAUUCCACAACAAGUAGUGGAAGUUGUAGUAGCAAUAGCGCUGGAAUCUACAACUCACAGACAAAUAUUACUUUUGACACACUCCAUAUAAACUUUCACACAAGCACCACCACUCAAACUCCUUCCUUGAAAUCAAAUGAACUUUCUCUACGAUCACACCUUGAAGGCAAUGCAGAUAGAUGGGAAAUCAAAGAUAUUUUAAGCAGAGAUGGCCAAGCAAGACUCAAAACUAAUGUAUUUUUUGCUUCCUUUGAUCAAAGAAGUGAAAAAGCCUCAGGUGAGAGUGCAUGUGCUGUGUUAGUUGCACUAAUAGCCCAUUGGCUUCAUUCCAAUCAAGACAUGCCAACAAGACCACAAUUUGACAACCUCAUCACACAAGGUUCAUAUGAAUGGAGAAACAUGUGCCAAAAUGAUUACUACUCAAAACUUUUCCCAGAUAAACAUUUUGAUCUAGAGACAAUCAUAGAUGCCAAUUUAAGACCUUUAGUUGUUCUGCCUCAGAAAUCAUAUACAGGUUUUUUCUCCCCUGAAAAGUUUCAUUGCUUGGAAGGAGCUAUGUCUUUUGAUGAGAUAUGGAAUGAGAUAAACAACAUUAAUGUAGUUGAUUGUGAGCCAAGGAUUUACAUUGUUAGUUGGAAUGAUCAUUUCUUUAUCUUGAAGGUUGAGGUUGAUGCUUACUAUAUCAUUGAUUCAUUGGGGGAGAGACUUUUUGAAGGGUGUCAGAGAGCAUUCAUAUUGAAGUUUGAUGAUUCAUGUGUGAUGUAUGGGAAAGUAGACAAAGUUGAAGAAACCAAUUUAGCUUCAAAAGUUGAGGUAGUUUGUCGUGGAAAAGAGUGUUGUAAAGAGUUUAUCAAACGGUUUCUUGUUGCUAUACCACUUAGACAACUAGAGAAGGAUGAGAAAAAGAAGAAAUGGAGUGUUUCAAAUCAUUUUCUUCAUAGGCAAUUACAGAUUGAUUUUCAUUUUAGCUCAACAUUAUCCUCUUCUACACCUUCUAUGUUGCAUGUUUUUCCUGCAAAUGUGGUUCGGAAAAACACACUGGCACGAAUUUAAGGAAUUUUUGUUGUUGGAUGAUUCGUGUUCUGACUUUGUCAAAUCGACUUCUAAAUGAAUCUUGGAAUUUAAGUUGUCCAAUCUUGAUCAAACAAUCUAUGAUCUAUGAUUGUGUCACUGCAAGAAAUUAGAAUCCUUAACUAUGUAGCACACCAUUUUGUCUUUAUUAGUCCUUUUGACUAGGGAGAUAUUCACUUGGUUCUGAUUAUCGUCAACUUGUGAGAGUUUUUUUGUUAAAAUAAGUUUUCACUUCUAUAAAGAUCUUUUUGUAACUUUAUAAAUGUUUAUAGAAGUUUAAUGAGAAGUCAAAAUAUUAUCUGCAUUAAUUUA